UUAUCAAAUUCAAUCCCAUAUUUUCUUUCUUUUUCGUCCACUCUCUAUAAAAAUAUCCCUAAAUUAUAAACCCUUUCUCCAUCUCCUUUAAAAAGAAAAAAAAAAAAAGAAAAAAAAAAAAAGAAUAUAAUCAAUCAAUCUGAAGCCAAGAUUGAUGAAUGGAGAAAACAUUAGACAUCGAUCUCAACUCUAAGCCCACAUCAAACACAACCCAAACUCCAGGAUAUGAUGAGCUGAUUGAGGAAGUGAAGAGGAUGAAAUCCGAGAAUCAGAACCUCACUGAUCUCCUCGAAAUUCUCUGCAAGAAAUACGACGACCUGAUAAAACAGAGACACUACUCCGGCCAUCGGAAAAUGAAACACACUGCAGCCGGCGAUACGGACAAUUCCGGGCACAGUUCGAUCCUCCAUUGUUGUAGCUGUAGUGACGAAUGCUCACCAGGCAGGCCCAGGGAGAUCAAAUCCAACGUUUCCAGAGUUCAUGUCCGAAUCGACCCAUCCGAGACCACCUUGGUGGUAAGAGAUGGGUACACCUGGAGAAAGUAUGGACAGAAGGUAACGAGGGAUAACCCGUCGCCAAGGGCUUAUUACAAAUGCUCCCUCGCUCCGACAUGCCCUGUUAAGAAGAAGGUUCAGAGAAGUGCGGAUGAUCCGUCGCUUUUGGUGGCGACGUACGAAGGGCAGCACAACCACAACCACACCCACCGGAAUUGCGGCGGGCAGUCGUCUCCGGCGGCGGCGGGUGAAGAAGAUGAUCGGGUAGGGAAAACACAGAAGGUGUUUGUGGAGCAGAUGGCUUCUUCACUGACCAGAAACCACAGCUUCACCAACGCUCUCGCGGCGGCCAUUACAGGGAGGAUAUUAUCGGAAACUGCUGACAACGUCAAUCACGACCAAUUAUUCCAAAUCGAAGACGACGAUAAUUAUGCUCUCUAAUCAAUUCAAUACUUAUUUGGCUAUUUACAUAUAUACAUACACAUACAUACAUAUCAAUUUAGAACUUGAUUGGGAAUGCUGUGGCAUUGUUGGUGGGUUACAAAAUAGACAACAGGGAUGACAAAAAAUAAUACUCCCUCCGUCCACACACAAAGUAUACAUGUUUUAGAAAUAAUAGUAUUUUAAUUAUAAUGAUUAGUUAAAAAUAAUGUAACGAUAUUUUUGUCCUUGCCUUUUUGGUAUAAAAAUAAUAAUGUGAUGUAAAGUAUAUUUGUCAAAAAAGUGAAAUAUUUAAUAAAAUAUUUACUUUCUAA